AUGAACAGCUCCGCCGACCUGUUGGAAUACGCGGGAGGGUUCCAGGCGCUCAAGGAAGCGGAGCUCAGAGUCGCCCUGCCCGUCGUGCUGGGAGUCAUCUGCUUGGUGGGCUUGGCUGGCAACACCAUGGUUGUCGCCGUCUUGAUGCACGACUUCAGGCAAGCCAAGAGCUCAGUGGCCAACGGUCUGAUCGUUCUGCUGAGCGCCACCGACCUCCUGAUCCUGCUUUUCUGCGCGCCGCUCCGAGCAGUCACCUACUCCCGACCCAGCUGGUCCUUCGGCUGGCUCCUAUGCAAGUCUUCCGACUACUUUCUUCAGGCGUGCCUGUCGGCAAAAAGUUUCACCCUGGCCGCGGUGGGACACGCCCGCUAUCAACACGUCGCCAAGCCCAAGAACUACAUUGACUUCAAAUGCCGGCGCUUGGUUGCAUUAACCUGUUCCAUUUGGUCUCUGUCUUGCCUCCUACCCAUCCCUCAUUGGCUGUUUGCCGACCUCAGACGCCGAGGAGCCGAGAUCUCAUGCGUGUUGGAGAUCCCAGCCCACGCUUGGCAUUUCAUGACUGCUUUCGGAGUGGCUUACCCUCUCGCCGUCUAUCUCAUGCCCGUCAGCUUCGCCAUGGCUUGCCUGGUUAGGGCACUGGUGAAGAGCAAGCCUGGGAGAAACAGGACCCCAAACCGCAGGUAUGAGAUCCGCAGGGUAACCGUCAUGUUGCUGGUCCUAAGCGGGGCUUUCGCUGUCAUGCGGCUCCCGGAGUGGGUGGCGUGGACCUGGAGCAGACACCGGGGCUCGUUCAGCCCGGGUCCCCCCACCGCCUUGAUGUUGUUGGCUCAAGUCCUCACCCUGGCCAACUGCACGGUUAAUCCCUUGGUUCUUCUCGCUGCUUCCGAGGACUUCAAGGACGGCGUGCGGAGCGCCUGGGCCGUGGCCACUCGGAGGGGAGCGGGCGGGCAAGCGCGGACCUCCACCUUUGCCCAGAAGGUAUGCGCCACCAUCCCGCACUCAGGCGCCGCCAGUUCCCUCUGCGCCCUGCCUACCAUCUCCGCCCGAGAAGAUGUGCCCAUCUGCCGGGACCUGGCCCAAAACAUCCCUCCCGACGUCCAGCACUUUUGGCAACAUAGGAAGAACGAGGCACCAGUGGACGACAACGACCCUGUCCCUUGGGAAAGUCAAGAACAGGCUUAAAAAACUGCGUUGAAAGGGCUGGACUCCAACAAUGGCUGGCUUUUUUGUUAGCUUACUCUCUCUUAAACCCAUUCCAAGAGUUGCAAAUUUUGUUGUGACGUGAAAUGUAUUACCGAGUAUCAGCGGGUAUUGGGACUUUACAAAUGAGCAACGACAAUUGGGCUUGAAAGGCAUGCCUGUGACCUGUAUCCUGCUUCGCCGAUACCACACUCCUCCCACAGACUUUGUUGAGUGACCUUUUGGGGCUUUUAUUUUGUUGUGAGCGAUUCCGACUUUCUUCAAGAGUGACCCUGCGCCAGACGUGGCCGCCAGCAGGGGAUGUGAUGGCAAUCAGUGUGCGCCGAAUGGCCACUUCGCACCUGGAGGUUCCUAGGAAGUGACCCAGUGUGGUUUGGGGAUAGGAAGCAAAUUAGGCGACCGGGUCUUGGCGGGAAUAUGGCGGAAUUCGAACGUGGGGUGAGAAUGUAACUCGCAAAACGAAAAGUGUGGAGUUGCAUUCAGUGCGUACCGAAACAAUCCAUAAAACCAUAAAACAUAGGAACAGGAUUAGGCUAUUCAGCCCGUCGAGUCAGCUUCACCAUUCCAGCCCCUUCUCCUGUCUUCUCCCCGUAACCUUCGAUGACCAUACAAUCAAGAACCUAUCAACCUCGCCUUAACUAUACCCAAUGAAUUGGACCUCACAGCCAUCCGUGGCAAUCAAUUCCACCGAUUUACCACUCUCUGGCUAAAGAAAUUCCUCCUUAUCUAUGUUCCAUAGCAACAUCGUUGUGUUCUGAUGCUAUAUUCUAGACUCCUCCACUACAAGAAAUAUCCUCUCCACGUCCCUCUCCACCUUCACAAAUCUUCGAUCCCAGAGGAAUAGUUCCAAUGUCCGCUCCGCGCCUUGCUAACUGUACUGAGAAUGGGUGGCUCUUGCACUGUUAAGCCCAGGGGUUAAAUUCCAUCUCCUUGUGAGUUGGAAGGGAGAAGGAAAGGCUUGCUUUUCUGUGGUACUUUUGGAGUCACAAGAGGGUUUACAGCCAAACGGCAAGUUACACCGAGUGGCGCUGUCGCUGGUAGAACCGCUCCCUCACAGCUCGAGAGACGCGGGUUCAAUCCCGACCUCGGGUGCGGUCCGUGUGGAGUUUGCAUGCUCCUUCUGGGUGUUCUGAGCUCUUCCUAGGUUAACAGACGACUGUAAAUUGCUUCUUGUGUGCAGUAAAGUGGUAGAUUGUGGAAAUGGCUGAUGGGCACGUGGGGAGAAUGGUAAGAUAUAAGUGUAAAUUGUGGUUUUGAGGGUCAGCACAAAUUUGGUGGGCUGAAGGGCCUGUUUUCCUGAUGUAUCGCUCUAUAAUUUUAACUUCUGGAGAGUGAAUGCUGACGUAGUGUUGGAAAUACAGCAGCCAUUUCUCAUUCAUAAAUAGCAAGGAGGUAAUGGUCAAGAACAGCACCAAUAGAAUGGGCCAAAUGGCCUCCUUUCAAGUUAUUAUUAACUAUUAUCUAAACUAUUUUAGUGAUGCUGUCUGAGGGAUGAAUAUUAACUAGGUCACUCAAGUAAACCUAAUUUUUUUUUCAUUGAGUAAUAGAGAUAUAUUGUGUAAACAGGCCCUUUGGCCCAUUAAGUCUGUACCUGCCAUUUACACCAAUCCUAUAGCAAUCUCAUUUCUUCUCCCCACAUUCUCAGCAACUCUCUCCAGGUUCUAUCACUCAUUUACUAAAUAAUAAUGGUCCAGGGAGUAUGUAAAAUAGAGACCCUGGAAUACAAAUACUGUAUAAGGAGACUUCCAUAUAAGUGCUGACACGUGUAGGCAGGGUGGUAGAGAAGACAUUUGGCAUGUCUGCCUUCAUCAAUUGGGACAGUGAGUACAAGCAUCCUGAUGAAUGGUCUCAAUUCAAAAUGUCGACUCUUCAUUCCUUUCCAUCGAUGCUGCCUAUCUCCAGCUUUUGUGUGUGUUGCUCUGGAUUUCAGCAUCUGCACAAUCGCUUGCGUUUAUAAGUGUAGGGACACCUCAUGCUACAGCUGAACAAGAUCUUGCCCAGCCUGUAGUUGGAGUAUUGUGCGCAUUUCUCGUCACCACACUAAAGGAAGGAUGUGAUUAUGCUGGAGAGGGUUCAGAAAAAAGAUUCACAAGGAUGUUUCUGGGACUGGAGGGCUGGAGUUAUGAGGAGAGAGAGAGAGAGGCUGUGACUGUUUCCCCCGCAGAGAAGGAGAUUGAGAGGUGAUGUAAAACAGCUCCAUGAUAUAUAAUUAUGAGGGACAUAGGCAAGAGGAAUCAUGAAGUCUUGUUCCCAAGGUGGAGAGAUGUACACCAGAGGUGUAUGGAUUAGUAAGGGUUAGUGUGUUGUGAACACGUUGGAAGCAUGGCAACACUUGGGGGCUGCCCACAGCUCAUCCUCAGACAGCAUUUGUCAUUGACACAAUGGCACAUUUCACUGUAUGUUUCAGUGUACGGGUGACAAAUAGAGCUUGAUAGCUUGGGCCUAAGGGGAGAGGAAGGAGGUGUAAAGGAAAUCGGGUAUUGAGAGAAGCUGACACUGUUUCCCCUGGAGUGAUGGAGGUUGACAGGUUAGCUGAUGGAGGUUCAUAAACUCAUGAAAGGAAUAAAUAAGGUAUGUGGAAUGAGCUGCCAGAGGAGUGUUGAGGUAGGAACAGGAACAAUUGGAAAGUUGUUCUUGAGGCACCGGACUGGUACUUGAUCAAGUGAGGCAUCAGAGGGAUAUGGAGUUAAUGAAGGCAAGUAGGGUAGGGUAGCCAUGGUAGUGUAAUGGUUAGCACGGGGCUAUCACACCUCAGGGCAUUGGAGUUUGGAGUUCAAUUCCAAUGUCAUUUGUCUGGAGUUUGUAUGUUUUCUCCGUUGAUUUUCUCCAGA